GGGAGGAGGCCGCGAGUGGGGAGGGGAGGGGAGGAGGGAGGGGAGAGGGAGGGCGCCGAGGAAGACGCUCCGAGAACCCGUGCGUUUCGUCAGGCUCGGAGCACUUGCACAUUUCUGCAGGCGCGGCGAACCCUCCGCGGGGCUGCGGCAGCUCGCGGCAUCCUCCUCCUCCUCCUCCUCCUCCUCCUUCUCCUUCCCCUUCCCCGGCCGGGCGCUGUGUCUGUGUGAGUGUGUGAGUGUGUGUAUCUUGCAGGUGUGUCCGUUUUAAUUCUGCCCAGUAGGUGGGACUUGGUGACUUUAGCACCAUUUUUUUUCCGUUUCCUUUUUUUUUUUUUGCCUCCUCACCGUCUGUUGCAACCCUGCAAAGUCUCGGAGUCGGCGAGCGCGGCUCGCUUCCCGAGCCCCCGGACCCGGAGAGCCGCGAGCGCCCAGCCGGCCACCAUGCCAGGCAGACCGAGCCUCUAGGCGCUCCCCGCGGCUCCCACCCGGCGGCGGCAGUAGCAGCGGCGGCAGCGCAGCGGCGGCGGCGGCGCGAUGGUUUCAGACGCUGAAGGAUUUUGCAUCUGAUCGCACGGCGUUUCAAAGAAGCAGCGAUCGGAGAUGGAUGUCUCUCUUUGCCCAGCCAAGUGUAGUUUCUGGCGGAUUUUCUUGCUGGGCAGCGUCUGGCUGGACUAUGUGGGCUCCGUGUUGGCGUGCCCGGCGAAUUGUGUCUGCAGCAAGACGGAGAUCAAUUGCCGGCGGCCGGACGAUGGGAACCUCUUCCCCCUCCUGGAAGGGCAGGAUUCGGGGAACAGCACCGGGAACGCCAGCAUCAACAUCACGGACAUCUCCAGGAACAUCACUUCCAUACACAUAGAGAACUGGCGCGGCCUGCACACGCUCAACGCCGUGGACAUGGAGCUCUACACGGGCCUGCAGAAGCUGACCAUCAAGAACUCAGGACUCCGGAGCAUCCAGCCCAGAGCCUUUGCCAAGAACCCCCACCUGCGCUACAUAAACCUGUCGAGUAACCGGCUCACCACACUCUCCUGGCAGCUCUUCCAGACGCUGAGUCUGCGGGAAUUGAGGUUGGAGCAGAACUUCUUCAACUGCAGCUGUGACAUCCGCUGGAUGCAGCUGUGGCAGGAGCAGGGGGAGGCCAAGCUGAACAGCCAGCACCUCUACUGCAUCAGCGCCGAGGGCUCCCAGCUGCCCCUGUUCCGCAUGAACAUCAGCCAGUGUGACAUCCCGGAGAUCAGUGUGAGCCACGUGAACCUGACCGUGCGGGAGGGCGACAACGCUGUCAUCACGUGCAAUGGCUCUGGCUCGCCCCUGCCCGAUGUGGACUGGAUGGUCACCGGGCUGCAGUCCAUCAACACCCACCAGACAAACCUGAACUGGACCAAUGUGCACGCCAUCAACCUGACGCUGGUCAAUGUGACGAGCGAGGACAACGGCUUCUCCCUCACGUGCAUCGCAGAGAACGUGGUGGGCAUGAGCAACGCCAGCGUCGCCCUCACCGUCCACUACCCUCCGCGCGUGGUGAGCCUGGAGGAGCCCGAGCCGCGCCUGGAGCACUGCAUCGAGUUCAUGGUGCGCGGCAACCCGCCGCCAACCCUGCACUGGCUGCACAACGGACAGCCCCUGCGCGAGUCCAAGAUCAUCCGCGUGGAGUUCUACCAGGAGGGCGAGGUGUCCGAGGGCUGCCUGCUCUUCAACAAGCCCACCCACUACAACAAUGGCAACUACACCCUCAUCGCCAAGAACCCGCUGGGCACCGCCAACCAGACCAUCAACGGCCACUUCCUCAAGGAGCCCUUCCCAGAGAGCACGGAUAACUUUGUCUCCAUCUAUGAAGUGAGCCCCACACCGCCUAUCACUGUGACCCACAAGCCAGAGGAAGACACUUUUGGGGUGUCCAUCGCCGUCGGGCUCGCCGCCUUUGCCUGCGUGCUGCUGGUGGUUCUUUUCAUCAUGAUCAACAAGUACGGCCGACGGUCCAAAUUUGGCAUGAAGGGUCCCGUGGCUGUCAUCAGCGGGGAGGAGGACUCGGCCAGCCCGCUGCACCACAUCAACCACGGCAUCACCACGCCCUCGUCGCUGGACGCCGGGCCCGACACGGUGGUCAUCGGCAUGACCCGCAUCCCGGUCAUCGAGAACCCCCAGUACUUCCGGCAGGGGCACAACUGCCACAACCCCGACACAUACGUGCAGCACAUCAAGAGGCGCGACAUCGUGCUGAAGCGGGAACUGGGCGAGGGCGCCUUUGGGAAGGUCUUCCUGGCCGAGUGCUACAACCUCAGCCCGACCAAGGACAAGAUGCUGGUGGCCGUGAAGGCCCUGAAGGACCCCACCCUGGCCGCCCGGAAGGACUUCCAGAGGGAGGCGGAGCUGCUCACCAACUUGCAGCACGAGCACAUCGUCAAGUUCUAUGGCGUGUGCGGCGACGGGGACCCGCUCAUCAUGGUGUUUGAGUACAUGAAGCACGGAGACCUGAACAAGUUCCUGCGGGCCCACGGGCCAGACGCCAUGAUCCUUGUGGACGGGCAGCCGCGCCAGGCGAAAGGCGAGCUGGGGCUCUCGCAGAUGCUGCACAUCGCCAGCCAGAUCGCCUCGGGCAUGGUCUACCUGGCCUCCCAGCACUUCGUGCACCGGGACCUGGCCACCCGCAACUGCCUGGUGGGGGCCAACCUGCUGGUGAAGAUCGGAGACUUCGGCAUGUCCCGGGACGUCUACAGCACCGACUACUACAGGGAAGGGCCGUGCCAGAGGGGCCCGGCGAGCGUGUCGUGGCAGCGCCAGAGGCUAGCGGCACCGGCAGCUUCCGCACUCUUUAAUCCAUCUGGAAAUGAUUUUUGUAUAUGGUGUGAGGUCGGAGGUCACACCAUGCUCCCCAUCCGCUGGAUGCCCCCCGAGAGCAUCAUGUACCGGAAGUUCACCACGGAGAGCGACGUGUGGAGCUUCGGGGUUAUCCUCUGGGAGAUCUUCACCUACGGCAAGCAGCCCUGGUUCCAGCUCUCCAACACGGAGGUCAUUGAGUGCAUCACCCAAGGCCGCGUGUUGGAGCGGCCCCGCGUCUGCCCCAAGGAGGUGUACGACGUGAUGCUCGGCUGCUGGCAGAGGGAGCCGCAGCAGCGGCUCAACAUCAAGGAGAUCUACAAAAUCCUCCACGCGUUGGGGAAGGCCACCCCCAUCUACCUGGACGUCCUCGGCUAGGCCCCGACGGCUGUGGUCCCGGAGUCUCGCCUGUUGCCUCCUCUCUCCAGCCUCACACGCCCCCCCCGCCACCUCACAGCCCCUUCCCCGCCCUUGACCGAAGCGAACAUCUUCAUAUAAACUCAAGUGCCUGCUACACAUACGACACUGAAAAACGGAAAGAAGAAACCCUGUAAAGGCAGUUGGCGUCUAUAUAUAUAUAGAUAUAUAAUAUAUAUAUUUAUAUACCUGCUAUCUAUCUAUAUCUACAGAGAGAUCCCUUCUCUAAUCCCCAGAGAAGCUGCUAACACAGAAACCACGGGACUACAACGACAACUCAGACAAUCGCCCACGUGACGAACACAGACGCAAGUUCCCUUGGACUUAAGCUGUGGCCCGUGCCUCCUCGGCUCUGGCUUUUCGGGGCGGAAGACCUGGACGAUGCACAGAGACGGGGGCUGGGAGGAGCUGGGUGGACCCCGAUCCCCUGCACAGGGGGCGCCUGCGUGGAUGGCACCGGCCCUGCUCAGCAAGGACCCGCGCCGACCUGGGCCUCCGGCUCCCCUGGCCACGCCCCCAAGCCUUCCCUCUUCCGGGACCUUCCUCUCCUCCAAGACCCUGUUUCUACUGGGAAGUGUCCUCCGGAUGCCUCCGGGAGCCGGCGAUGGUGCCCACACACUGAGCAAAGAGCAACAAGGACACGCGGUCCUGGCGGCCACAGCGUCUCCCGUGUAACCCACGCCCUAGGGGGGUGUCGUCUGUCCUCGGAGCAUCAAGAACUGGCGGGCUUUCUGGACUGACAGGCCCGCCGAGGAGGGAGCUGUGACCCCGGCCCAUCUCGAGGCACUGCGCUGCCUUUUCAUCACCGGAGGGACUCCCGGGCCCCGCCUCCCACACUCAGGCCUGCGGGGCGUUGGGGUCAAGGCAGGGACGUGCCCGUGUUGUCUCCACACGUGGAUACAGAGGGUCUCAGCAGCGGGAGACUUCGUCCUUGUCGGUCCUGAUGAGAUGCGCCCCUCUGGGUCCUCUGCUUCCCCCGGAUCCCGGCCCCACCUCCUGGGCGUCUCCCGCGUCCACGGUGGACCCGCGGCACAGGCCCUGGCAUGCUCCUCGCGAGCGGGGCCCUCGGCGAUUGGUGCGUCUGCCUGCCUGGGAGCUGCCGUGGGUGCCCAGGGGCUGAGAAACCGCUGUGGGGGUGGGGUGGGUGGGGGCGGGCUGCUCUGGGAGAGGCCAGUGCGUGGCCAGAGCCGCAGGCCCCGCGUCCUGAUGAGGACGAGCCCUGCUCAGGGACAGGAGACGCCUGGGCCAGCGCCCGCUCCCCUGCCUGCCCUCCCGGCUGUUGCUGUCCAGGACUGAGGGCCCAGAGCUGGGACCACAGCCCCACGGAGCCUCCUGCCGGGGAGGCCAGGGCGCAUCCCUCCGGGCCACCUCACCCCAAGCACAGAUCCACCUCACGGACUGGCCACUGCCCAUCAGGGCCUCCGGGGGCCCUGGCCUGCCCCUGCCCCGUCCGCCGGAGGGACCGUCCUCAUCGGGGCGCCUGGUCAGCUGCAGCGUGGGCCUCCGGUGUGGAGCUCGGGACUGACUUCUGUGUUUGUGAUUUCCCUUCUUUUUUUAGACCAACACGUGUUUGUAUUCUAACAGAAGAGCUGUGCUCGGACUGU